CAUGCGCAGUGCUCGCUCGCUGCUCGGCGGAGACAUGGCCGCGUGGAGCGGGCGGUUGGCCGGGCCGAUCCGGGGAGGUUGCGGAUGCGCGGCGCUGGCCUUCACCUCUCGCUUCACGCAGAGGGUGUCUCCGGGGACGACGCUACCCAUAAGAUUAAUCUGCAGCAGUUCCUCACUGCAAAAGAAGAAUAUGACUGGUACAUUCCAUGAGAAGUACACUGAAGAGUUUAUUAAGCAACAAAUUAAAGAGUUCAAUAUCGGGAAGAGACAUUUGGCUAAUAUGAUGGGAGAAGACCCAGAAACAUUUAAUCAGGAGGAUAUAGAUAAAGCUAUCAGGUACCUUUUCCCAUCUGGUCUGUUUGACAAGCACGCUAAGCCAAUCAUGAAGCAUCCUUUAGAGGUCUUUCCGAAACAAAGAGCUGUUCAGUGGGGUGAAGAUGGCCGUCCUUUCCAUUUCCUUUUCUACACUGGAAAGCAAUCCUUUUACUCACUGAUGCAUGAUACCUUUCAAAAAUACCUUAACAUCCAGAAAUAUGAUGAUCAGAUGAGGGCCAAAGGAAUAUCAUCUCUAGAUACAAAACAAAUAAAUUUAGUUGGAGGCAGGUGGUUGACAAAAGAUGAGCUGGAAAAGCUGCUGCUGGAACCAAUUUCUGACCAUGACUAUGUGCACUUUAUUCAGUUACUGGAGCGGAUGCUGUCUUCUCCAUACUGCAACAUUGAGGAAGAAUAUGUGAUGAAAUUCCGCAGAGAGAUGGAAGUUCAAUCUAAGAAUCAGAUAAUUGAGCCUUUGCAGUUUGAUGAGACUGGAGUGGCCUUCAGCAAAGGAGAAGGUAGAAGAAAAAGUUCAAGAGCAACAGUAAUAGUCCGAGAGCCUGGAAGUGGGAAAAUAACUGUGAAUGGAUUAGACUAUUUGCAUUAUUUUCCAGAGCUUCAAGAAAGAGAACAAUUGAUGUUCCCAAUCCAGUUCCUGGGUCGACUCGGAAAACAUGACCUGGAAUGUACCGUAUCAGAAGGAGGGCGUUCUGGACAGGCAGGAGCUAUUCGACUGGCUAUUUCUCGCGCUCUGCUUAGUUUCAUUAAAGAGGAUGAGAUUGAGCACAUGAGACAAGCUGGCUUGCUGACUCCUGAUCCUCGUGUGAGGGAACGGAAGAAGCCUGGUCAGGAGGGAGCACGCAGGAAAUUCACAUGGAAGAAACGUUAAUCAGCCCCCUUUCCUGUGAAGUAACCCUGAGGUGGUUUGAAAUCAGAAGCAGAACUCCCAACAGAACGUGUAGUGUGGACACCUGCUUAAACAUGUUUAAAGUCUCAAAAUCAUUACUGUCUUGCUCUUUAUUUCCUACAAGUAAAAACAAAUAUUAUCCUAUGGAUUUAUUUAUCUGCAACAGUUCUAGGAUAUUAAAGAAAUACUUUUCUAUUAA